GUGGAGGAGGGGCGUUUGCAACCCGAAAUCGCUCUGCAGAAAGCGCUCCAGCGACAGCAUCCAGCGCCCAUUGUUUAGGAUCGGAGGAUGAAAGCCGGGGCUGCAGUUAAUUGAGCCUUUCCUCGAAUGAUGUAUUUGUGGCCUUGGACAUGAAGUAAUCAGACCUCUGUUGCUGUUACUAUAGGCUCAGGGGCUGAUGAGGAAAGCAUGGACCUAAUGAACGGGCAGGCCAGCAAUGUUAAUAUCGCAGCUACUAUUUCCGAGAAAAGUAGCAGCUCUGAGUCAUUGAGUGAGAAGGGCUCCGAACUGAAGAAAAGCUUUGAUGCUGUGGUAUUUGACGUUCUGAAGGUUACGCCAGAAGAAUACGCGGGUCAGAUAACACUAAUGGAUGUUCCAGUGUUUAAAGCUAUUCAGCCAGAUGAACUUUCAAGUUGUGGAUGGAAUAAAAAAGAAAAAUACAGUUCUGCACCAAAUGCAGUCGCUUUCACAAGAAGAUUUAAUCAUGUAAGCUUUUGGGUUGUAAGAGAGAUUCUCCAUGCUCAAACGCUGAAAAUAAGAGCAGAAGUUUUGAGCCACUAUAUUAAAACUGCUAAGAAACUGUAUGAACUUAACAACCUCCACGCACUAAUGGCUGUGGUGUCUGGCUUACAGAGUGCACCGAUUUUCAGGUUGACUAAGACAUGGGCGUUAUUAAGUCGAAAAGACAAAACUACCUUUGAGAAAUUAGAAUAUGUAAUGAGUAAAGAAGAUAACUACAAAAGACUCAGAGACUAUAUAAGUAGCUUAAAGAUGACUCCUUGCAUUCCCUAUUUAGGCAUCUAUUUGUCUGACUUGACCUACAUUGACUCGGCGUACCCAUCCACUGGCAGCAUUCUAGAAAAUGAGCAAAGAUCAAAUUUGAUGAAUAACAUUCUUCGAAUAAUUUCUGAUUUGCAGCAGUCCUGUGAAUAUGAUAUUCCCAUGUUGCCUCACGUCCAAAAGUACCUGAACUCUGUUCAGUACAUAGAAGAACUACAGAAGUUUGUGGAAGACGAUAAUUACAAGCUCUCUUUAAAGAUAGAACCAGGAGCAAGUACACCACGCUCAGCGGCCUCCAGGGAAGACCUAGCAGGUCCUGACGUAGGAGCCUCGCCACAGGGAGGAAGGAAGAGCAGUGCUGCGGAGGGAGCCCUACUGCCACAGACACCCCCGUCCCCUCGGAACCUCAUUCCACACGGACACAGGAAGUGCCAUAGCUUGGGUUACAAUUUCAUUCACAAGAUGAACACAGCAGAGUUUAAGAGCGCAACGUUCCCAAAUGCAGGGCCACGGCACCUGCUGGAUGAUAGUGUCAUGGAGCCGCACGCACCGUCACGAGGCCAGGCUGAGAGCUCGACACUUUCCAGUGGAAUAUCCAUAGGGAGCAGUGAUGGUUCUGAGCUAAGCGAAGAGACCUCAUGGCCAGCUUUUGAAAGGAACAGAUUAUACCAUUCUCUCGGCCCGGUGACAAGAAUGCCACGAAAUGGCUAUCGAAGCCACACGAAGGCCAGCAGCUCUGCGGAGUCGGAAGACUUGGCGGUGCAUCUAUACCCCGGAGCUGUUACUAUUCAGGGUGUGCUCAGGAGGAAGACCUUGUUAAAAGAAGGCAAGAAACCCACAGUAGCAUCUUGGACAAAAUAUUGGGCAGCCUUGUGUGGAACACAGCUUUUUUACUAUGCUGCCAAAUCUCUGAAGGCUACAGAAAGAAAGCAUUUCAAAUCAACGUCAAAUAAGAAUGUGUCUGUGGUGGGCUGGAUGGUGAUGAUGGCUGACGAUCCAGAGCAUCCAGACCUCUUUCUGCUGACUGACUCUGAGAAAGGGAACUCAUACAAGUUUCAAGCAGGCAGCAGGAUGAACGCAAUGCUGUGGUUUAAACACUUGAGCGCGGCCUGCCAGAGCAACAAGCAACAGGUUCCUACAAACUUGAUGACUUUUGAGUAAAAGUCUGAGACAGAAGAGGAGCGCUAUUGUCCCCAUGUGGAGCCGGGACCUGCUGAGAGCCCCAGCCGCACCAUCCUGUGCCAGGAAGAGCCCCCAGGCUCCAGCCCAGCCUCCGGAGCUCAGAACCAAAAGCACUAAUUUCAGGGAAUGAAGUGAGAUGUUCCCAGAGAAAAACAAUGGAGUUGCAAAACAAACUGCCAUGAACUACGCUUCUUUUCUCCGAACUGACCUGUGGAAACCACUGCCUUAACAGAGUGCGAGGAGAACCGACACCAAAUAGUGUGUGUGCGUCUUCUGGCGGUGCUGUGCUUGGAAUAAAUUGUAGCUAAUUUGCAUUUCUUUUAACUUUGUACUAAUUUUGGAGAGGAAACCAUCUUUUUUAGAUACACUUUAAAAUGGCAAAACCUUUCUUAUGGAUUCCAUCAGGAGCUGUUUUAGGUGCAGUGAGAAGUCCCCGUGAAGAACAGGCCAACAGCCCAGCUGCAGGGUCUGCUGAGUCUCUGCCAGUGGCACCUCACAUCCCACAGCAAGACCUGGGAGGGAUGUGGUGUGGGAGCUGUGGCUGCUGUUUGGGGGUAGGGCAUGCUUUACUUUGGAUGAGGGAUCCAGUUAAACACUACCAUUUGGAAUUCAGUGCUAGAAGGAGAACAAGAUUUCCUGCAGGAGGUACAAAGGUUGAGUGUUCACGUGCCAGCAAACUCCAGAACACAUGGUAGUUUCUAACCCGGGUUAAUGUUUAACUUUCUGUAUGAAUUCAUUGUUGGGCCCAAAUCCACAUAGGAGCACGGUGAUCCCACGCUCGGGUUUCUGUAGCCUUUUAUCGAGUCGAGUGGAUUCUCCAGCCACAGGUAUCAUCGUCGUGGGGAGACCCCGGUGUUUCCGGGGUGUUGCCCUUUGCAGUGUUUAAUGUGCAGUAUGCCAGACUUAUUUUUUAUUGAAUUUGUUUUUGUUCAGUAUGAAGUUCAAAAGCAUACUUGUUUAAAAUAUUCUUCAUGUAUAUGUAUGUAUUUUAUUGUAAGACAAAACAAUUUUAAGAAGAAUAAAGGCAAAGUUUGCAGUUCUAGGAAUUAAAAAUAUAAAACCUUUUCUUGUAUGACUUCACAAAAUGUACCAGAACAUUUUUUCAGAAAGUUCUUGUUGGUCCCCAAUCUGAAAAACAUGUUUUGUCAGUAACUGACCAAGCAGUUGGAGAGAGCUCUCCUAGGCAAUAACACAUUUAAUUUUUAAAACGAAUGUUGGACUUGACAUAGCUUAGAAUUUUAACCAAAAUUAGCUCUUGACUGCUGGGGGGUCACCCUUUCUAACUCCCCCUUGUGUGGAAAGGCCUUGACUGACAGCCACCUCCUAGCAAACUGCUCACUUUUUUGGGUCUUUGUGUAAAAUGUCUCACAUCUAUGUACUUCAAGAAUUGUGUACUUUAUCAGAAGUAUUUUAUCACCAUGCUUAACUAGAAAAUACUGUCUAUACAAUAAUUAGCUAAAAAAAGAAAGAAAAAGUGAAGAGCCUUUUCUGAGUGUUUCUAGUUUGAAUAAUUCAAAUAUGUUUGUCACGUUACAAAUAACUUAUUUGGGGUUUCAUUGACAAGCAAGGGAAGGCAAAUAUUGCCUGUAUGGAAUGAUUUUUCAGAUAAUAGUCUAAGUUAACCCGUGUUGGGUAUCCACAGACAGAUCCUGAGUGGCAGGCAGGGCUACAGUGCAGGCCCUCCCUCCCCAUUCGUCUUUCUAUUGUCCUUUUUUUUUUUUUUUGCAAUUCCUUAGUUAAUUUGCUCCAGAAUAAUGUUUUAAAUAGUAUGCAUUUUUGAGGUACUGUGGAUGAGAACCCUGUGGCUGUUGUAUUAGUACUUUUUUGUCAGGAAUAAGCUAAAGCCGUUACAGUGUAGGUGAGUCACGUCUGUGGAGAUAGGCAACUUGCAGAAGCCAGCCUCACAGUUUUGCCAAAGAGAAAGGGCUGGGAUGGGAGUUGUUCCGUACACACAGAUCUGGACACUUAAAGAUGUGUAGAGGAAGAACCGUAUUCAGAUUGAUGAUUAGCCAGGUUGGAUUAGCAUCAUGGCCCCUGGCUGGAACCAAAACUAUUUUCCUACCUUCAUAUUGCUCUAAAGAUCAAUCAUUGCUUUUUAGGAUGAUUUUAGAAACCAUGAGAGAUGGUUUAGAGUAGGUGAGGUUUUCUUAUCUGUAAUUCACCAAGUGGUAUCAGGUUAUAAUUGAAGCAAAGAAAACAUUGCCUAACUAUAUUAAAUAUUUGAGUAUUUUACUUAUAGGAGAGUGAAUCCUAUUUCGAUUACCCUGAGUUGUAAAUUAGUGACUCACCAGCUCAUUUCCCACCAACAUUAAAGCUUGUUUGUUUCUCUCAUAGCCAAGGAGAACUCUUUCAGAAAUUCAAUUAAAAUGUAAACUUUAUAAGCAGACUGAAUGGAAUAUUGUAUGGCCUGGUGCGAUAGUGUGUAGUGCUAGCCAUAUCUCAUCCAACAACUUAAUUCGAACAGAGAGGCUUAUUUUUCAGAAGUCUGUUUUCAAAGUAUACCUGUGACAAUGGCUGCAUAAUGUCCAAACCCUGUUUGGAGCUUCAUGUGCUUGCUUUUUUUCAGAAUAGUUCAAUAUGUUGUCUAAACUGUAAGGAUCAGAAGAGAGUUGAUGGAGUACAUCUUUCUGUUUGAUUUCAUUCAGUUGUGAAUUUGUGUAAACAGUUCAACAAGGCAUAUAUUUCAGUGGCAAUAGUUUUUUCUGUGUCAACAGUACCAUCCGCCAUUGUGCAGUCUCUUGCUCUCGAAGUUGAGUCAGUUACAGUGUUCAUAACUGCAGAGUUUUUUUUCCUCUUGGAGAUGUAUAAGAAGCCCAACAAGCAACAUUGUUAACUAGGAGGAAUGAGCCAUGCUUAGCCCCUCCAUAGUUGGAGCAUGGAUGAACACAGCCUCAUCAGUCUCUGGGGUUGCUUUUACCUAUCCAGAUGACCUCAGCAUAAAGGCUUUCUUCCUGAGGUUAAAUCUGUAAAUUACGUGCAUUUAAAACUGAGGCAGUAUAUUGAUUGGAAAUCAGUACCAAUAGACGGAACUCAUUGGCUUUUUAAAAGAACAUACCUUUGCUGUUGAUUGAGGCACAUUCCUUUCUAGCUGGGUCUUAAGCCAUCCUAUUACCUUCUGCAAACGAGAGUUACUGGUACUGCUUAGUGGAAGAUUGGCUUUAAUCAGAAGAAAUCUUCUGCCCCCGAUGCUUUUAAAAGACUUGGAUCCUCUUGAAAUCGAUGCUGAACUGCACUGUGCUGGACAACAGUAGUGGGUACCACUGCUGGCUCACAGGGUGACAGCCAGUGUGGUUGGGGUAUGCCUGACUUGAGCCUCCUUUUAGGGCUUGCAUUCAUUUUCUUUUAAAUCAUUUCUUAGAAACGUAGUACCAUCCUGGUUUUAUAGUCAGGUGGGUGUUGCUCUUUCAAGCCUCUGAGGUACAAGACUUGCUAUUAGAUAGUAUUGAUGAUAAAUUGCGUGUGAACCUUUUCAAGAUGAUUUAAGUACCUUUCAGAUUUGCUUCCCUAAAAAUGGCUUGUGUCUAAAUGACUUUUCAAUUUUCAAGUCUACUCAAGGGAUGUAUGCACACCACCUCUUCAGCCCAAUGAAAGCAAUUACGUUUUACCUAUCUCCAGCCAUAGUGUGGGGAAAAUGGGGUCAGUGUCUUAGCAAUUUGAAGGCCAGUUUUAGCACAUUGAGGAUGGCUAAGAUCACCUGCCCUCUUUACCCUCUGACUUGAGGAGCGUGCUGCCCCUCUCUCCACCCGCUAAAUCUAACAGUUGUAAGAAGACUGAAGACAUCUGGAUUCUUGCAGUCCUCCAAUCUUAGAGAUCUUAAUUAUUUUUCAAGUUCUUAGGUGAGAAGUAGAUCCACUCAGAUCAACCUUUUGAUGAACACUCUUAAUGUUGGCUUUGAAGAACCUCCAUCUAGCUGAGUAUAUCUUUGUUUUGUGUUGCUUGGAACUUAGGUUUAGUGAUUUUAAGACCUGUUGGGAAAAUCAUAAAGGAAUAAGAAGGUGUUGUUUAGUGCUUCACUAAAGCACUGGGAUGCCAGUCUGUUGAGCCAGAAAUGAAACAUUUCAGUUUCCUACUUAAGACAGAAUGAAUAAGCAGUCCCUUCUCCUGCUUGUUACUGCUUACUUGAAAAAUCUGCAGGAAAGGAGCAGCACUAAUAAUAAAUCAGGGGGCAGACUCAGCCAGGGCAGAGUUUGGAAACAUCUUACUUAAGACAUUGGGAGUCUGGGAGAUACCGUCGUCUGAGUAGGAACGCUGUUUUCAGGGUCCUUGGAGAAUAGGCAUGCAUACACAAGGUCUCUGGACACAAGGAAAGGGCUAGCUGUUCCUCAGAGGUUAUUAGCAAAACUUAAAAUCUGAUUUCAGCCAGUUGCUCUGCAAAAUAGAGUUAAAGGAAUCUGUGGAGUGCUUGAGAAUAGGAAGACAAAAAAAUGCCAAAUAUUAGCAGAAUGUUUCAAAUUUAUAUGCCAAGUAAAAAAUGUCAUGUCCCUGAACAUGUCACCUGAAAGAACUGUUCACAAUAGGAUUCCAAGAAGUUCUAAUUUAAUGGGUGUGACUAAGGUAACUGAUGGGUCAUGGAAGUCUCAAAUGUUUCUGUACCUUGGCUGUUGAUGCUUGUUCUUUUGACAGCCUACUGAAGGACCUGGGAGAAGGAACUCAAACAUCUGUAGGGAUAAUUACCCAAAGCUAAUAAAAAAAACAAAACCCACAAGCCAUUUUCGUUCUCUGUUCCAGCUAACUUGAGGUACUUAAUGAUGAAGCAUUGGCUUGCACUAUGACCUCCUUGAGUGAUGUGCGACUUGGUUCCUCUCUGGUUUGUUUCUUUUUAAUAUGCAGAAGUGAGUGUGUGAUCUUCAGUGUGUUUGCAUAAGCUAACUUAAAAUGAAUUUAAGAACAGUUUUCUGAAAUAUUUCUAUUGAAAUAAAUGACUUAAAAGUA